CCCUUGAAUGUGGGUCCUAAUCUCCUGCUUUUAAGUCAAACCCAGAAUUCAGAUCUCUAAACAGUUUUAAUCCCAUUUCUUUUCUUUUUUUUGUUUUGUUUUGUGGGAUUUUCGUUUUUGAGAGGGAAAAGAAUGGCAUUGUGCAGCUUUCGAUCUCCAAUUGGAUUUUCUUCUCCACUGUACGGCUGCUCUAAGCUUCAGCCCGAAAACCGUACGGUCCGGCCAUUGCUAUUCCGUACAGACCGGAGAAGCUUAAAUGCAAGAGAAAGCUCGGUGGUCGGAGCUCUGCCAACUGUUCGACAAAAUGCCUCCCCUCCUACAACAUCCUUUAAUGAGUUGAUUGAAUCUUUGAUAAGUGGAGUGGAUUUAUCGGCGGCAGAGGCUGAGGCGUCUCUGGAUUUCUUGCUCAAUGGUGCCGACGAGGCUUUGAUCAGUGCUUUUCUUGUGUUGAUGAGGGCCAAAGGAGAAACUUAUGAGGAAAUUGUGGGAUUGGCAAGGGCAAUGCUCAAGCAUAGUGUGAAGGUAGAAGGUUUAGUUGAUGCGGUGGACAUUGUUGGAACGGGUGGUGAUGGGGCAAAUACUGUGAACAUAUCCACAGGGGCUUCAAUACUCACCGCAGCUUGCGGUGCCAAAGUUGCAAAGCAAGGAAACCGUUCGAGUUCUUCAGCUUGUGGAAGUGCCGAUGUAUUAGAAGCAAUGGGAGUAGUUCUUGACCUGCAACCCGAGGGGGUUGCAAGGUGUGUAAAUGAAGCAGGAAUUGGUUUUAUGAUGGCUCCAAUAUAUCAUCCAGCUAUGAAGAUUGUCCGUCCAGUCAGGAAAAAGCUAAAAGUGAAAACCGUAUUCAAUGUGUUGGGCCCUUUGUUGAAUCCUGCAAGAGUUCCUUAUGCUGUUGUUGGCGUCUACGCAGAAGAUUUAGUCUUGAAGAUGGCUGAAGCAUUGCAGCGAUUUGGCAUGAAAAGGGCAUUGGUUGUUCACUCAGAAGGCUUGGAUGAAAUGAGCCCACUUGGACCCGGGCUAAUCCUUGACGUCACUCCAGAAAAGAUUGAAAAGUUCUCCUUUGAUCCAUUGGACUUUGGAAUUCCUCGGUGUACCCUCGACAACUUACGAGGUGGUGGCCCGGAGUAUAAUGCCGAGGUACUAAAACGUGUGUUAUCAGGGGAGAAAAGCUCAAUCGCAGAUGCAUUUAUCCUAAAUGCAGCAGCAGCUCUCUUGGUUAGUUCCCGUGUGAACUCCUUGGCUGAAGGGAUCGCCCUGGCUCGCGAGACACAAACAUCUGGAAAAGCUAUCAAGACGCUCGAUCGCUGGAUAGAAAUCUCCAAUAAAAUUAAAACCGCGUAGUUACCAAAUUGUGCCUGAAAUUAAUUUGAAUCUCUUAUUUCAGGAAUACAUCCAAGGCAAAC